CCUCAUUGCCUGCCCGGUGUUUCUGUCACAUGGAGCACAAUAAUGGGUGUAAAUGGCUAACGUAAGCUAGUCAAUUUGUGGGCUAGAGGCACACCAGGCUGGCACUCACACUGCGGAUACAUCAGGACUGUGACAGACUUUGGAUGGAGUCAGCACUCAAGUUUUCAUUGUCUUGUGUAGUUGCAGUGAGGAACCUCUGGGUUCAGGUUUCAGGUCAUUCUGCACAUCAUCGAGAGAAGAAUGGUCAAGUACUUCUGUAACAACACAGACAUCAGGGGUAUGUGGGACCACGUUGUCUCUGCUUUCUGGCAGAGGUAUCCUAACCCUUUCAGCACCCAUGUCCUCACAGAGGACGUUGUGUACCGGGAGGUUACUGCGGACCACCGGCUUCUCUCCAGACGCCUCCUGAUGAAGACCAAUCGGCUGCCUCGCUGGGCGGAGAGGUUCUUCCCGUCUGGCAUGUCUCGCUAUGUGUAUAUCAUCGAGGACUCCAUCGUGGAUCCUAUCAACAGGAGCCUGACAACCUACACUUGGAACCUCAACCACACAACUCUCAUGUCGGUUGAAGAACGUUGUGUUUUUCGAGACUCCGAGGAGCAGCCGGCCACCACCCAGCUGAAACGGGAGGCGUGGAUAUCAUCAAGCAUUUACGGCUUCUCCAGACCUAUUCAGGAGUUUGGAUUGGCCCGCUUCAAGAGCAACCAGGUGAAAGCCAUGAAAGGGCUUGAAUACGCACUGACAAACUUACAGGGAGAGACGCCCCAGCGGCUGCUCAGGGACAGGGACAGGGUGAAAGACGCAUCAGAGAAGGCCAAGGAGGCAGCCAAGAGUCUGGCGUCAGCUGCUGCCGCCCCACAGAAACCCCCACAGUUUGUGUGACAGAGUGUCAAGUACUGUACAGGUGACAUGAAGUCAGCACAAUGCCUUUUGAUCAUCUCGAUUAUCUCAAAGAGACAGAAGUUUUGCUGGGAUCUUUCUCAAUGCUGUUUUUAUCAGUGUUUUUCUAUUGUUGGAACCAGCCUCUGUCGGGUUAGCUUAUCUCUCUACUGCUAGACUGGUUUUUAUUUCUCUCUCUAUCCUCUCAGCUCUUUCUUUCUUUCUCUUUCUACUUUCAUUAAAUCUCAGGUCAUUAGCCUUUGAAUGAAACCUUUGGCCUUGAUGUAAACUUUCAGACUUUGAUCAGCAACACCCUUUUAAUGCUGUAAUUAUGUCAGCUGUAAAUUCAUAUUUUGAUAUCUUGGUCACAUAUUUAAUAUUUAAACGUAUUUUUAUGCAAAAUGAUAGAAUUCUCAAUGAACAUUUUUGGUAUAUUAUCAGCAAUACAAGUAAGAUAUUGCAUUGCUUUAGGUAUUAGUCCAGCCUGAAGUCAUUAGACCAAAUCAUAUGACUGUGACUGUACUUUUAAUUUCACUUUGGCAAGGAAGGGUAACAAUUACAGCUUGCAGGGGAUUUUACAGACUCUAAAAUCCUUUUGUAAAAGGAUC